AUGGCAGCUUCCGGUGCGAGUGCAUCGACACUGGCGCCGUCGCAGGGGGGGCACGAGAGCCCCGAAGGACUUUCCGAGCUGGUGGCCUUGGCCGAGCAGCUUCUGAGUCAACCAGAGCCACAACAGCUGGCGCUUCUGGUGCAGCAGCUCCAGGCCUUUGCCGUGGCAGAACUGCGACGUGGUGCCGCCCUCUCUGGCCCGGCUGCCCGAGCCUUUGCUGAAGUAGCCACCGGUGCAAGCGAUGCGCUGCGCGAGGGCGCUGAGAAACAGCUCCGCUGGGCAGCCGGUGCUGCCGCAUCCUUGCUGUUGACUUUCAGUGUCAGCCUGCAGCCUGCCAUGGCAGCGGAUGUCGUGAACUACUCUGACUUCAUGGAUUCCAUCAACCGCGGUGAUGUCGAGAUGGUCCGCGUCAAGGAUGACCAGGUGUCAGCACGGUACACGACCAAGGAUGGCGCUCGCCAAGGCGCGAACCUCUACGCGAGGUCUGUGGUUGCUGACGCUUUCAUGAUCGCUGCCGAUGGGGAGGCCCACCCAGGUGGGCCCUUAGACUUCCUGGCAGACUUUGCCGGCCCCAUCGCGCUGAUGUGUCUGCAGAUGCCUGCUGCUGAUGGCACUCUUCAGAUGCUUGGACUCAGCGGGGGUUGUCGGCUCUUCAGGGCUGACUUUGACCUUGCCAUGCGGAGUAUCGAGGAUGCGGCAGACAUGGUGGACGAAGCCUCGGCGGGCUCGGUGCAGAAGAAGGCUAAGGAAGCCGACCUCAUGAAAAAGGCUGAGAGCGUCUGUGACGUGCUCGAUCAAGCCGUCAGCGGGGACAAGCAGGCCCUGAGCUGCGUCUUCGCUGAUCGCGGCUGCGAGUGGUUCGGCCGACUGCGGCUGGUCGUGGACACGGUUCAGCUAGAGGCCUAUCACACUGAUUCCCGAUGGAAGCACUUGCUGAGCACAUGCUCCACGAUCGAGGCGGUGCUGAAGGAGCGUGGGGCCUUUCGCCCCUGGAAGCCCUCGCAAGGCAGCGGCCACUCCGAGAGCUUGCUGAGGCGGGCCAUGGUCAAGGAACUGCGCCACCAGCACGGCGAGGCCGACGAUCUUCCCGAGGAGCUUCGGGAGUUUGCCCUCGCAGGCCCUAGCUUCGUGUCGGGUCUUUUAGAGGAGGAGCUUUCGGCUUCCGGAGGUCACGCUGCGGCGAAGCAGGUGGAGGCAAGUUCCUCCUUGGGUCGUGGCAUUUGGGUGUGCGGGAGGGGGGAUAGCGGGCGUGUUGGCGAGAGCGAGAUUUGGCUACUUACAAGAGCAAUCGCUGAAGAGGCAGCACUUUCUCGUCUGGUGGCCUUGGCCGAUCAGCUUCUGAGUCAACCAGAGCCACAACAGCUGGCGCUUCUGGUGCAGAAGCUCCAGGCCUUUGCCGCGGCAGAACUUCGACGCGGUGCUGACCGCCUCCCCGGCCCGACUGCCCGAGCCUUUGCUGAAGUAGCCACCGGUGCAAGCGAUGCGCUGCGCGAGGGCGCUGAGAAACAGCUCCGCUGGGCAGCCGGUGCUGCCGCAUCCUUGCUAUUGACUUUCAGCAUCAGCCUGGAGCCUGUUGUGGCCGAAGAUGUCGUGAACUACUCGGACUUCAUAUACUCCGUUAACAGGGGUGAUGUCGAGAUGGUCCGCGUAUGGGAUGACCACGUGUCGGCAGAGUACACGACCAAGGAUGGCGCUCGCCACGGCGUCAACCUCUACGCGAGGUCUGUGGUUGCUGACGCUGUCAUGAUCGCUGCAUCCGAAGAGGGGGGGGCCCACCCAGGUGGUGGGCCCUUAGACUUCCUGGCACGCUUCGCCGCCCCCAUCGCAUGCCUCCGCUUAGAGGCAGGGGUUUUCAUGUUGGUGACGCCUGUCCAGGACAAGCUUUUCGCCGGGGUUGUGCGUGGGCGGAGCUAUGCUCCGGGGCGACGGCAGGAGCCUGAGCUUUUGCAGGGUAAGGCUUGCACGCCGACUAGUCGGCUGUCUUAG